UCGUAAAGCAGGUCGCGUUUUGCUGAAACACUGAGAUUACCGUUGUUAGGCGGAACCGAGGCUGGACGGUGACAAAGGCUGUCAUGUGUUUCUACAGUUUUGCCUUGUACCAGCAUUUCCGAAACCGCCUCCGAUGCAAUAAAACAGACGGGAGUGAAGUGAAGAUAAAUUUGUCCACUGGUCCUCAGACGGCCGAAACCACCACCUGAUCCUGAGAAAAAGACAUUGACAACCAUCUAUGCUGGUGACUAGCUACUCCUAUGGUAUGGCAGUGUGACGAGGAGCAGAUGUCCCAUGUUGCAUUAGUGCCUGUGUGAAAUGCUGGCCUGUCUGCCAGGACCAGGUGACCUCUCCUUCCAGCUUCUCUCCCACACGCAGAUGAACACUGGACUUCAGAAAUGGGACAUUACGCAGAAGAUGAGAUCCGCACAGUAUCCAACCCCAGCGGAAUUGGAUGCCUAUGCUAAGAAAGUCGCCAACAGCCCACUGACUAUAAAAAUCUUCCCGAACAGCGUCAAAGUUCCCCAGAGGAACCACGUCCGUCGCACGGUCAACGGGUUGGACACCUCCGGCCAGCGCUACAGCCCCUACCCCCCUCAGGCCAGCUCCAAGGCGGGCCUCCUCGCCAUCGUCAAAGUUCCCGUCAAGGGCGUCCUCAAGGACUUUGACGGCAGCCGGGCGCGCCUGCUCCCUGAGAUCAUCAUGAACCCCUCCGCCGGUCCCUACGCGGCGGCGAGCACUUUAAACAUCCCCCCUCAGACUGUCCCCCACCCCCAGGGCCUCCAGAGACCCCAAGCCUUACCCCACCCACAGCAGCAGCAGCAGCAGCCACCACCCCACCAGGUCCUCCGACACCCCCCUAGCAUGUCCCAGCCCCCCGGGCUGCAGCCCCCCCACGGCCUGGCCAGGACACAGACUCUCCCCCACCCCCCCAACCUGGGCCACCUGCCCCCAAACAUCCUGCUGCAGCAGCAGCAGCAGCAGCUGCCGCCGGGCCUGCAUGGGAACAGGAAGAUGGCGGACGGAGACGUGCCGCCCAACGUGACCGUGUCUACCUCAACCAUUCCGCUCUCGAUGGCCGCCAGCCUGCACCAAAACCGGCCCAACCUGAGCAGGAUCGUGCACCAGAUCAACCAGUUCUGCCAGGCGGGCGCUCGUAUCAGCACUACCUCUGUGUGCGAGGGGCAGAUCGCCAACCCCAGCCCCAUCAGCCGCAACCUGCUCAUCAACGCCAGCUCCCGGGUGUCCAUGCACCACCCGGCUCCCGGCCUCCUGCCUUCCUGCGCCCACGGGUGCCCCGAGGUGGCCACCGUCGCCCCGGGCAACGCCGUGCCCCAUCCCAACAUGGUCGCCCUCAACCAGAUGCCCGUCUACCACAGCGACGUCAAGCACCAACAACAGCAACAGCAGCAGAUGCGCUCCUGGAACCAGCACCAACUGGCCCAUCUGCAGCAGCAGAACUCGGAGGGCGGCCACCCCUGCAAACACCCUCCGAGGGACCCCAUGGGCGGCGGGCCCACGUUCCCCUGCAAGGGCGUGGGCUACCUGCCGGAGCUGUGCAUGGGCCAGCCCUACAGCCUGAAGCCCCCGGUGGACAAGCCCACGCCCUCGCCCCCCGUCAACGGGAUGCCCGGCGCCAUGGCCUACACCAACGGUCACUACUUUCAGCCGGUGUGGGGCAGCAUCCUGCCCACGCCCAACAGUGACAGCUCGGGCUCUCAGGACCUGGCCAUGCCGUUCCACGGAGGCCUGUCGGGGGCCUCCAUAGACUGCGCUCCAGGGACCCAGUACAGGGGUGGAGCCGGCUCCUCCGGCCAGACUAAUCUGAUGCAAACCAUGGAUUACUUGGGCGGGGACUUCCAGCCACCCUGUUACCGAGAUCAGAAUCUGGCCAUGGUGGGGAAGAUGCACCGGCCUCCCAUGAGCAGAGUCCCAGAGCUGGCUGACAAUAGGAAUACUCAAAUUCAGCACCCAGGGUACAGAUAAGCUAUAGCCUUGUCGACACACAAGUCACGGAUCUCUUUUAGUCUUAAAAAUUUAAAGAAAUUAAAUUAAUAAAUUAAUGAAAUGACUGCUAACUUAAAAAAAAACAAAAAAAAGGAAGAAUAUAUUUAAUAAGAAAGCAGUGUUUUGUUGUCAGACCUUGCAAGUGAUCAAUUAGCUUUUUCGAAAUAAUGACUAUUCUAAACACUGUCUGUUUCUUUGAAAUUUCAUAUUGUUGUCAUUCCCCCUCUUGUAGUGUAACCUGCCCAUUUGUGUGCCUGGUUCUUAUGCGUUUUGAAGUGUAUGUACUUUGUUGUCUUACAGACCCUUUUUUCCAUGUUUUUAAGAGCAAUAGAUUUACUCUGGAAAUGAAGUAGUCCCUUAUGGAUGCAAAAAAAUAAAAGGUCCGGUAAGAAUGUUGGACUUGCAGGUCCAGUGCUGGGUGUGUCACCAGUUCCGAACCAUUGUAACUUUUAGAUUUGACAGAAGCUUAAAAACAUUUUCCUCUCAAACCUCUUUUAAAAAAAAAAAAGAGAAAAAAAAAAAAGAAAGGAAAAAAACGAAUCAUUUUGUAUGUUUCUUGUGUGAAAAUGUAGACACUACUGAACAAGAAGUGACUAUUGUAUGCAUAUGUACGAAGAGGCUGUUGAAUUCUUAUUUUUUUUAUGAUUAAUUUAUUCAUGAAAUGCAGGAUUGUUUUGCGUGAAUCUUCUCAGUGUCCGGGCUGGUUUCUCUUUAUCUAAUCAGGUGCUUUUGGAUCAUAGAUAUUUAGAUCCUACUAGGAAUGAACAUGCGAAGCCAACAUUGCAUUCUCUCACGCUGAAAUCCUAGGAAGAAUUCAGGGGAAAAAAACUGCUUUGAAAGUAGUGCCAUUUCCUUUUUUUAAAUCCAUUUCGUUUUUACAAAUGAAAAUUAUUACUUGAAUUGCAGAAGUAUAUUGGAUUAGGUGUUUAUGUAUUGGGAAAGGGGCGGAAGGGUUUUUGGGACUGAAGGGGUGGGAGUUUGGUUUGGUUAGAAGCAACUAACCAGAGAGGCUGCUUUCUUUUUUUCUUCUUUUUUUAACCAUGUUACAGUCCAAAAUAUGAACCAGUUCAGUGGUUCAAUUCAGCAUUUUUUUGGUUUGUUUUUUUCCCCCCAUAUUAAAGUCUGCUACUGAUGACUGAAUGAAAAGUGUGUGCAUGAAAAAAGAGGCAAUUGAUCACUUGCAAGUUAUGUUGGAGGGAAGGAAAAAAAUUACUUUAAAACUAGAGAAAAACAGCAAAUGCAUUGUUUAUUUUAUUGUACACUGGCUUAACUACUAUACUACUGUAACUUUAAAGAAGUGUAUUGAUUGUGUAUGAAUGUUGCCUGUUGGUGUGGGUUUGAGUAAUAUUGUAUGUGGGUGGAUCCCCUGACAACACCCAGAAACCUGUUUGCCUCCUUCCCUGCAGCCCUUUAAAAAGCCUUAAGUAUUUGGUCCUUGGACUUUCCUUGAACACAAGCAUGGUAUACACAAUACAGAGAAGUGGAUAAGAACGAGAGUGAUACAACUGAACAUAAAAUGUUUUUGUUUUUUUUAACUGAAGUUAUAGUUGAAUAGAAAAACUGAUUUAGAAUUUCCUAAAAUUAUUUAAAAAAAGAAAAAUAUUUUAACGUAAUUACGUUUUAUAGCUAUGUGUAGUACUGGGCUGUAACAAAUGUCUUUUUCAAAGUUUCAAAGCUUCAGGUUUGCAAUACGUGACUAUUUAUUACUUGAUUUGCUUGUUAUUUAAAUUGUUUUUCUUUUCUUUUCUUUUAUUUUUUUUACACUUUUCUUUACUAUUGCUGCGUAAAGGAGUCGAAUCCUUCAGCCUCCUUUUGAGUGUCAGACUGUGGCUGUAUGGCAGACCAGAUGAGACAGGAGUGUGAGAGCUACUUUUUGUAAUAUUGUAAUAAUAAAAUAAAGUUCUAAUUUAUGCUUUGAAAA